AUGCUGGGGAUGGCCAAGCAGCUGCUUCAGCUGCAGGCCGCGACGCACCGGUGGAACGGCGCCCGCCGCCGCCAGCCCCUCGCCCCCUCGCCCCCUCGCCACGCUCCCGCGGCCAGAGCCGGCAGAUUCGCCGCCUGCUUCCUCGCGUGCCUGCUCGCGCUCGCCGCCGGCGCCGUCCUCACGCUCUGCAUCACACUACACCGCCCGGAGCCCGAUGCCUCCGCCGCCGCCUCGCCACGCGGCAGCGGCUACGCCGUGGUGAUCAACACGUGGAAGCGCUACGACCUCCUGAAGAGAGCCGUCGCGCACUACUCCGUCUGCGCGGGCGUGGACGCCAUCCACGUCGUGUGGAGCGAGCCCCGGGAGCCGCCGGAGGCCCUGCGCCGGAGCGUCCUCAACUGCAGCCGCGCCGCCGCCGACGUUGGGUUCGUGAUGAACAGGGGAAACAGCCUCAACAACAGGUUCAGGCCCAUCCAGGGGCUCAGGACGGACGCCGUCUUCUCCGUCGACGACGACCUCGUCGUGCCCUGCUCCACGCUGCGGUUCGCCUUCGGCGUCUGGCAGAGCGCGCCCUCUGCCAUGGUCGGCUUCGUGCCCCGUAUGCACUGGCCUGCUGACCCGAGAGGCAACACCAAAGAGUACAGAUAUGGAAGCUGGUGGUCAGUUUGGAGGACAGGGACAUACAGUAUGGUACUCUCGAAAGCGAGUUUUUUUCAUAGGCGGUAUUUGGAUUUAUAUACCAACCACAUGCUACCGUCGAUACGCGAUUAUGUGACAGAGAAUAGGAAUUGUGAGGACAUUGCUAUGUCUUUUCUUGUUGCAAAUGUGACCGGAGUUCCACCAAUAUGGGUUCAAGGAAGGAUAUAUGAGAUCGGAUCGACCGGUAUCAGCAGUUCAAAAGGCCAUGAUUUGCGGAGAUCUAGAUGUUUGAAUGCAUUUGCUUCCAUGUAUGGUCAUAUGCCUCUGGUAGCGAGUACGGUCAAGGCUGUUGAUAGCCGAACUAGCUGGUUUUGGUGA